UUUCAAUGAAGGUUGUUUCCAAGUGUUCACAGUGAGCUCCAAAUAGUUUGUCAAGAGGAAAUAUCUAAGUCCAGAAUACACUGAAAUCCCCAAGCUUCAGGAGUUUCUGCAAAAUCUCAAUGACUGUCACUCAGAAACAUCAAACUACUUGUCUGGAGCUAAUGGGAUCCUCUCUUUGAUUCAAGGAGCAAAGUCAGGGAAUAUGGGUGGAGAAAACAAAGAUGUUUGCAAAGACCUUGAGAGAAACCUCAGCCAACAAAGUGACUUGAUCAGAUAUGCAAUGAUGGAGAAUUACAAAACUUUUGAAAAGUGCCUACAAGAAGGAGUCGAAAUAUCCAAACAUUCCUUUGAAAAAUUCUUGAGGACCUUUCUCUAUCCUCCAAGAAAGAGUGGCAGUAGUUUUCAUAAACAACUAAAGAAACUGGUCCAAAAUAGAGGGAUCCUGAAACCAAAACAUGGGCGGGAAAAAAACUUGAACACAAAGUUAAUUUCACUCCUGACAGAUAGCAUUGAUGAGGAAUUCAAAAAAACUUUCCCGAAUGACGGAAAAUGUGGUCCAAUCUACGGAGUAAUCAAAGAAGUUUCACUUGAUGUUGAAGGGCUAAAACAGAAGUACAGUGAUGUUGAACUACAGCUGGUAUUUCUGAAGAAUGAGGAAGAACAAUUAAAGACAAAACUGACCAAACUUAUUCGUAACCGUAAAAAAAACAUCUACAACAGUCUAGCAAAGACAGCUGAGGAAAUCCUGCUGGAAUGCUAUGACAAAGCAGCAGGAUUUUCAGGAACUGGUUCACUGCAGAACAUGAGGGAAACUAUAGAGAGACAUGUCCAUAAAUCAAAGGACAUCCUGUUUGAAAAGGCUAAAGAUGAAAUGUUGGAUCUGCAUAGCAGUUUGAGGACCGAGAUCUUGGCCACUCUGGAGAGUACCAUGAAGGAAUCCAUUGAGCUCUCAUUCAAGAUUGAUAAGGAAUCAAUUCCAGACGUUUCAGAAGAACUAACCAGGGUUCAACAACUCCAUGAAGAGUUUCUGAAAAGCAGCUGAAAAUGCUUUCUUUGAUCCCAGAAUGGUCAUCAUGACAUGUUGGAUCUAGGGUUGUUCAAGAUGAGGGAGCCUUCACUGAGGAUGAAUUGUUUGCCACAAUUGUUUUCGUCAUUAUUGGUUAAAAGUUAUUUACAAUCA